CUGGCGGGGCGCUCGGGUUAUAAAGCAGGUUGGCGGGGCGAGAGCUUCAUUUUGGCGCCAGCCUCAUCUCGAAAACCACACAAUUGAUCUCAAAAGGCGGAGAGGCUCCAAAUUUGGCAACAUGAACAUUUUAGCGGCCACGUUGGUGGUCCUGCUGGCCGUUUCGGUCAGUUCGCUGCGGCAGUACCCGCGACGCUACGCCGACAACUACGAACGCUACAAAAACUCUGACGCCGUCCUUGAGCCGCCCCGUCCCGAGGAGUUCGAAUUCUACAAAUCGGCCAGCGAACCAAAAAGUUCCAGGGACGAGAAAAAAGAAUCUUUUGACUCGGAGGACGAAUUCGGGUCGUUCUUCAAGCGACCUUCGGAGUCCAAAAGACCGAGCGGAAAGUCGCAGUACCACUCGGAGGCCAAGAGCAUUCCGGCGCCAAAACCGAUCUUUGACGCCACCGAACAGGUCGAGCACAAGGAGGAAAAAAACACCGACCCUGAGGAAAAAAUCAGAUGCGUAAAAGUUGACACGAAGCCGGUGAGCGCCGACGACGUGUACCGAGGUCGGUUCCGGCGCGCGGCGGUCGACAAAACGAUGACUUGCUACAAGUGCGAGGACCUGCAGAAGGGCGGCUUCUACCAGAAGUGCUCGUACGGCACCGACCCCGGCAACAAGGCCUUCUUCGUGUCGCACGAAAAGACCUCGAGCAGCAACGAGAAACCCAAGCACUUCAAAUUCGACUGGGACGACGUGGCCCAGGACGGCGACCGCGAAGAGUCCAAGAUCGAAAAGGAGAUCAGGGACAGCUUCUUUGAGCCGAGCAGCGAGUACCUCGCCGCCUCCUCCUCCGUCGGAAAGUUCGCUUACGACGGCCCCGACUUCUCCAGUUCCAACACCAACUACCGAUAUGAGGUUCCCGAGUCCAGCUACGAAAAGGCGCGAAUUCCGGUGAACCACCCCAAGAGCGACUAUUACCAACCCUCCCCUUCGUACCUGAAGGCCCUGCGUCAGGUGCCCGACGGAGACAAGAAGGCGAAGAAGGAAGAGGGAGAGGAAAAGCAGCCGUCGGAGCACCGCUACUCAAGCUACGGCGAGAAGGAGUCGUCCAAGGGCAAGAAGGCCUCCUCUGAGGAGGAAGGGUCGGACGAGGACGGCUACUCAGGUCACCCUUCGGAGCAGCACAACUCAAAGAAGGAGGUGGCUUCGGAGGAAGGGGAUGAUGACGAGGAGGAGGAGGCCGAAGGGUCAGACGAGUACGCGGGAAAACCCACCGAGUACCACUUCAAGAGCUUCAAGAAACAACCUUCCAAGAGCCACUCCUACCACACCACUGACCCUCCAGUCGACCUUUACUACGAAACCAAGGAAGCAUCUCCGAGCCAGCAGAAGAAGGACUACGCGUCCAGCCCGAACGACUACGUCUAUUCAUCAAAGAAGAAGCAGCCGACCAAGCUGUACUCGUACGAGAGCACGGACAAGCCGGUGGUGUUCGCGUACAAGAAGGAGACCAAGACUGAGCCCAAGAGCGUGCACAAGCCUGCCUACGAGUUCUACUCGCCCACCGAGUUCUCCUUCUCCAAGACGGUGGACGACCCGCUCAAGACCUACUACGAGUCCUCCAGCUACGGCGGCGAGGACGACAAGCCGGCCGAGGGCAACGCCCCCAAGCCUCAGGCCGUCGAGGCGCCCAAGAACCAGAAGGAGCAGCAGAGGAGGAAAAACAACGCUCCGCAGGUGCGCGAGUACUCGACGACGGAAGAAGAGUUGCCGGACACGUUCGUCGCGCAGCCGAGCGAGGAGUUGAAGAAGGCGAUGGGCGACUUCCUGGGCAAGGACCGCACCAACUGCACGCAGGUGCAGCGCAAGCAGAUGACCUGCUGGCAGUGCAUCGACGACUCGGGCACCAAGCAGGAGGAGUGCAUGUACGUGGCGAGCAGCCAGCCCGCCGCCCACCAGACGGCCUACUCGGACCGCAAGGAGAACAAACUUCAGCCAAAACAAGCCGCCGCCGAACCCAAAAAGCAAGAGCAGUCGGUCGACCAGAAGCAGACUGGGCGCGUAGCUGACACUGUACCCAAAACGCAGGUUCGUAGUUCUGGUGCUGAGCAGCGGCGGCGCCGGCGUCCCUCGUCAGGACAGAGGGUUUCGGGCACUUCGUUGAAGGAGACGCGAGUGAGGCGCCGCAGACCGGACGCGGUGACCAGCAGCACCACUGAGGUCGUGACCGUGCAGGCCGAGGGACCGCCCACGACCGAGCGCAGGCCGAGGCAGAGGAAACCUGAGCAGGGGGAAGGGAAAAAGGCAAAUCAGGAGGGACGCAGGAGGAGGCCCAAAAAGGAGGAGCCGACAAAGGCAGAGGCUGCCGAGCUGAAGGAGCGACGCGUCAGAAAACCUGCGGAGGAGAAGAAGCAGGACAAGAAGGAGACCACACCUGCACCUGAGGAGUCGAAGAUUGCAGAUGAAGAGGGACAGUUCAGCGCCGAGACGCGUGUGAGGUACGACAAGCGGCUCGGAAUGUCCCUUCCAGAUUACAUGCUGGAACGGUCAGACUUCGAGGCCGAGUUCGACCGCGCCGUCCGGGCAGGCUGAAAAUAAAUCCUAUACCAAAUAAACUAA